AUGAAGUUUUUACUUUUGCUCUGUGUUAUCGUAACAACGACUUACGCUCAAGGUAAGAGGAGUCUUUUUCUACAUAUUUACGCUCAAAUUAUAAAAAAUAUAUAAUAAAGUAUAGUGCUUUAUAGAGAUUUCGAGCACUGAUAAAACUGAUAAUCUCAUAUGUGAGAUUAUUUAUGAUAAUUUCACAAGUGAAAAUUAUCGCUUUUCAAUUAUCGCUUUUCUGUAAAAAUUAUCGCUUUUCAAAGACUGCCCUUUAUAUAAUAAGCAGAAUAAUGGUGUUUGGAAAUACCAGAUUUAUUUCUCGUGUUGAACAUGUUCAUGAACAUGUUGAACAUUUCUCGUGUUGAACAAUAUCAUGUUCAACACGAGAAAUAAAUCUGGUAUUUCCAAGCACCCAUGCAUGUAUUAUUAAUACUCUAUGUACUACUUGGUUAUGACUAAAUUCAAAUUUUGUUUCUGAAGUUGCUCAAUCGGCAAGCAAGCUUCAAAAUAUGUUUAGACUUUGGUGUUUUAUCUGUUUAAAUUAUCCUAAAAUAAGACACUUUUGAUGGUAUACGAUGGUACAAGCUUUACUAUACUGCUGUGGCUAACCGCACGUAUAAAAUUAAGCUAAAACAAAGUAGCAUUUUGUGCUAUACGCUAGAAAGAUUAAAAAAGAAACUGAAUAACUUUAAUUAAAUAACUCCUAUUGUCUCUGACGAUGUCGUAGACGACGAAAGCUAAGACACCUUCCUAUAUUUUUACAGUUUUUAUAUUAAAAUUUGCCGGCUAAGUUAUAGGCUUUAUUUUCAAUAGUACAGUAACUUUUGGUCUCAUUCGAACACACAACACUAAUUACUGAAGGACACCUUUCUAUACGUUUAUUCUUGACCCGUUAGUCAUUUGAUCUAUUCCCAAUACACCUUACCGAUUAUUCUCUUCUAUACCCAAUGGUCUCGUUUUCAUGUCAAAUACAUACUCAUGUUUUGUGCUUAGUAGGGUUGAAAAUUACUUUGUCAUCUUUGCAGAUGACUGCGUCGACAAAACGGCAACAUCAUGGUGUCAGCAGUAUCAACACAAAUGUAACGCUUGGAAGGGCUAUAUGAUGGAAAACUGUCAAAUGACUUGUAAAUUUUGUGGUAAGAACUAAUUAAAGUUUUCUUUAGAAAAGAUAUGAUGCUUCCUCCAGAUGAGUACAAUCUGUCUGGCGUUAGGCCAAGAAAAGUAAUUCUGUUUCUGGUCAGCGCGUCAACUUUUUUUAUGAAAACCCCUGAUCAUCUCAAGGGAAUUUUCCUCCCUGGUCAAGGAAAUCUACUGAAAUUUUGACACGAAAGUAAUAUGUUACAUGUUUAUGAAUACAAGACAAUUUAGUGAUUAAUCGCUUUUUCUUUUUAUAUGCUGCUUUAAAUGCACAAAGGUGGAAAAAUGUGAUUUUUACCAGUAUUUUUUAGUUGGGUCGUAUUUGCUCUUUUUUUCUUGGAUUGAUACGAAAAGCUUGCAUAAUUUUCAGCUUAUAUUGCGGAAUUUUCAAGGCAUUUUUCCUUUAGCCAUUGUUGUCCUACUUGUACGAAUGUUUUUUUUCUUUUUUCUUUCUUUUCCCCUUGCAUGACCCUCCCUCCCCCCCUCUUCCACCCAGCCCCACCCCCAUCACCUUUCUAUUGGUACGUCCCUUAAAAUAUAUCGAAAAAGAAAGAGGACAUUGACGCAAAAGUACUCGAUGAUUUUUUCAAUAUGACUGCCUUUUCAGUUGAAAUUUCAAUUGCAUGUCGUGUAAAAAAAUAUUUUAUUUUUUUCUUUGAAAAAGUUCCAUGUAAAGAUGGCAGUUUUUGUCAGAGCUUUUCGACAAAGUGUAAAGAUUGGUCAGACUUGAUGAAGGAGAACUGUCCAAAGAUGUGUGGUUAUUGCGGUCGUAAGUGUAUACAUACUGUAAUAUUCUCUUGGUCUAACAUACUUUAUUUACAAUAACUUUACAUCAUUGUGGAUCCUUAUUGUUUGAAUCUAUUUAGUAUGAUUGUUCGCUAUACUGUCUUUAUGUAGUCUCUUACAAUAUGAAGUUAUUUCGAAGUUAUUUCGAAUGUUAAUAGUUAACCAUACUACAAUCCAGGGGUGGAUAAAUAGCGAACUUAAGCAAAGCUUAAUCUAGUAUACGUGGACGUGUCAAGAAACCGCCUUAAAUUUUACACUUUUAUAUUAAAAAGAACCACCGUUAUUAAGAACUUCAACAAAGCAGAACAAAAGUUGAACGAGAACGGCCAAUAGUAUCAUGUGAAUGGAAGAAAACGAGCAAAAAUUACUAAUUGAAAUUUCACGGACGUUUUAGACGUCGCCGUAGCUCUGUUUUACAACGACGAAAUACAGAUUAUCACGUCUUGUAUAGAACGCUUACAUUUCAAGCUAUGACAACUGUUAUUUUAAAUUGGGUCCUAGAACUUUUCUCAGUCAUAAACCCAGUGUUAAUUUUGAUCCUUAAAAAGUAUUAUUUUCAUAUGAUGGAUAAUAGACGACAGGUUUUCUUCUGCAAUCAUUUGGUUCAACGAAUUUGUUUGUUGUCGCCGUCGUGUUCCCCCGUCCUAGAUGCUUAAGCUCGCUAUUAACUUGCUGGGACCGCAAGAGAACAUUGAAAAUGUUCUGUACAUAGUCAAAUAAAUCGACACUUGGACACUGUAACUGUGUGACGCUAACAAGUUGUCAAACUGGAUGUCAUUCUAUAUUUUACAGGAAAAAAUAUUUCACUGAGAAUCUUAAAAUAUAACAUAAAACUAAUAUAGCUAAAACAUACAUCAUGAGUUAAUCGUAAGGUAAAUACAGAUGCCAAAAAAGCUAGGGCACUAGUGCACUACUAGGGGACACUAUCAGGGAGGGGAUCUAUGCCGCCCCAGAAAAUUUUGAAAACCAGGUGUCCAAGAUGGGCUAAAAAUGUAUUUGCCAUACAACAUUUGUUGCAUCGUUCUAUUGUCUGUCUAUACAUUUAUACACUAUCGCACUAUUAAGAUGGAUGCACUUAUAAUUGCAUUUCUGGGGUCAUGGUGUGACUUUUCCUCAGAAUUUCUUCUUUUUAUCUAAAUUAUUACAGUUUUUCUUUCUUGGGGAAUAUUUUCUGGGAACUCAAAAACUUUUCUGGAACCAAUGGUCCCGUGGUCCGAUACUUUUUCCAGCCGUGCUACAUUCCUCCCUUUCUUAGUUUAAAUGAACAUGAAUCAGUUUCUUAGCCUACUCGUAGCCUGAAUUUGUUUUGAAAUUUCCGGCAGAGACCAGGCCAGAUGUUUUAAUUCUUAUGUUAUUUCUCCUCGGUUAUUGUAAGACCGUGAGUUGAGGUCCGACCAACGAUUGAACCCAGAUCUCCCAGCUUGAAAGGCAAGCGUGGUGAUCAUGACACGUUACACAGGAGAAGACAUUUGCUUGAUAAUGUAGCUAAUUUAAACACGUCGCGAUCCGAUUUGCAAAGAUUUUGAUAGGCUUUAAAAUCUCAUCUCACUAUAAAUGUUCUGGCUUCAAAAUUGGUUGAUUGAAUUCAAAAGGGUAGUCUAUCCAGUGGUAGUUUUAGAUCAGUAGAGGUCUUAAUUUGGCCGCAAUUGUACUAACUUUGUAUCCUCUCUUGUUCCUACUAGCCACACCUGCCCCCACCCAGGCCCCCACCCAGGCCCCCACCCAGGCACCUACAUGUGGUAUAAAAGGUAAAACACACUCCCGUAUCGUCGGUGGGGACAUCGCGACACCAGGGGACUGGCCUUGGCAGGUCACGUAUGACUGGCAAGGAAACACAGGCAACAAAGGACAUUGGUGUGGCGCUUCUAUUGUCUCUCCAAAUUGGAUCGUCACCGCUGCACAUUGCUUUAUGAUGAGUAAAGAUAUCGCGGAUUAUACCCUCACUGUUGGUGAGUUUUUGAAAAAUAUUUCCACAAUGGGUGAUUUCAACUUUACACUAAAUUUUGAUACAGGCAAGACGAACGACAUCGAACACCACAGCUAGAAACAGCGUCUUAAAAUGUCUGCCUUUGUCUGCCUCUGUUAAAGCAAUGCGGAAUUCCGUACCCGUCGUUCGUUGUCGGCAUCUUAAACUCCAUAAUAAAGGAUCGCUUUCUGUAUAUCUCAAAGGAGAACAUUUUUAGAACUGAUAGAGCUAUCCAGAAUAGAUAAACUCUAUCUCUCCUUCAGUAUAUAGUAAAUUAGAAACACUAGAUUGAUGCAUAGGCAUGCCUCUAAAUUUUAUUUUUGUGAACGUAUAAAGGGUCUAGAGACGACUCAGGCAGAUCCUGGCCAAAUAGAUUUUGGAUUUGUCUCAAUUUAUGUUUUAUCCUUACUGUAUUUUGGACUUUUUGGAGUUGAUAGUCAUUUGCUCCAGGUUUAGCUGAUAGUAUUCCCUCCACAUAUUUUUGGAGUUAACCUGUAACUUAUUUUGACAUUUGAAUAGCCAGCCAUGCCCCUGGAGAGAACAGUUUAAACUGAUAACGUUAUCCAGUAAAGAUAAAUUAGUUUCUGUCCUGAUAACUAAAGAUAUAGGCUAACCAGAUUCUCUUGAUUUCAGGUGAUUUUGAGAUUGGAGCUCACGAAGGACAUGAACAAAAAAUGAAGAUUUCAAAAAUUAUCCUACAUGAACAAUACGACUCCUCGAACUUCGACUACGAUAUCGCUAUGAUCAAGCUGAGCAGCCCGAUCACUUACACAGAACGUGUGAAACCCAUCUGUCUGCCUUCCUCUGGUUUGGACUUCAGUGCUGGGACUCAAUGUUUUGUCACUGGAUGGGGAAAGCUAGGCGAAUCAGGCUCAUUUCCUAAACACCUAUACCAAGCCAAAGUACCGCUGGUUGAACGUCAACAUUGCGCAAGCACAUAUGCACAACACCAUGGGUAUACUAUAACCAAUCGCAUGAGGUGUGCUGGCUUUGACGAAGGUAAGAUUGAUGCCUGCCAAGGCGACAGUGGUGGUCCUCUCGUCUGUGAGAAGAAUAAUAGGUGGUAUUUGAUGGGGGCUGUCAGUUGGGGUGUGGGGUGUGCCAGAGAAAAAGCCUUUGGUGUCUAUGCUGAUCUCACUGUCCUUGGGUCUUGGGUGCAAAACACCAUGAAGAAUAAUUAACUGUAGUGAACUUUACAUGCGAGUGGACUUCAGAUUGUACGUAUGUGAUUCUUGAUUGUACGUAAUGUGAUUCAUCAGUUCCCAAUAAAAUGUGCGCAAAAAAGUGUAGAGCUGUUGUAUUCAUCUUGAAACAGAAAAUUCUAACUUACGAUUCUAAUUGUAUAGUGCUUACGCAAUUUCACACAAUUAUUUAAAUUUCACACUAUUUUUUAUGGCUGCAUUGGAAAAAAAAUUCAAAAUAAGAUACUUUCGUUUGCCAAACUAUCACGCAUAGCUUCCUUCGUUCUUGAGCUUUUAGACAAGUUUUGAACUUUUCAUUCAUUUUUAACAACUUUUUAGUGCGGGCUAUUCACACAAUGAUAUUCCUGAUCUCGUACAAAAGAAAUGAAUAAUUAAAAGCCCCACUACACAAGAGUUAGAGACGUUGUGUUAGGGCUUUUUACAACGGCAAACCAGAGAUUUUCACGUCUCGUGUAGAACGCAAACAUAUCAAGGCGACAAGUGAAACUACAAAUUUGUUCGCAGAAGCGUGUUUAACCAUAAAACCUUUGUUUUAGUCUCAUCAAACUGAACUCAAUUCAUAUACACAUGCUGAGUGGAAUAGUGGAUAAUACACAACAACUCUUCUUCGCAAUAAUUUAUUUGAAGAAGUUUGUUUUGGCUGUCGUCGUCGCGUUGCCGUCGUACAUGCUUAAAGGCCGUUUUCCAUUAACGUUCGCUUUGCCAGCGCGGGCGAAGCGUUCAUUGUUUUUGACGACCGUCACGCCCGCGUGAGCAGAUUUUCAAAGACUGCUCCGCCCCGCGCGGGCAAAGCGACUGCAAUGGAAAAUUGCCUUAAGGCUAUGCUUAAGGUCCCUAAUGCAUGACCACUCCCUAUACGCCGAUGAUUUAGAAUAAAGAGGUUAUUUUUAAAAUCAUUUGAUCCUUGCAUGGUUUCCUAUUAAUAAUGAAAACUUUAUUAAAUGCAUAUUUAGCUCAUAUAUACAAUUGCAAAUCUCACUUAUAUCAGGUAAUUUACAACUGGCUACUUAAAUCACGGAUUAUAUAUGCAAAAAUUAUACUAUUAAGAUAACAAAACGACAGUACAACGAUUAAACACUUAACAGUUCCGGGUUCAUCCAUUCCUUGUUUCGACAACAAAAUAUAUAAUACGUUGUUCGGAUUGCAAUCGUCGUCAUUCUUCUAAUACAGUAAUUCUAAUAAUAAUAAUAAUAAUAAUAAUAAUAAUAAUGGAAACUUUAUUUAUUGAUUAUUAAGAUAUAUACAACUACAAUGAUAAACCUCGCUUUACAGGUAGUUUAUCAAUGUCUACUUGAAUUGAUACUAUAUAUUUAUUUAUUGUACAAUAAUUAUUUUAAGAAGGAUUAUAUUAACAUUAAUUUUGGGUUAUCCCACACCUUGUUUCGUUUACAAAAUAUAUAAUAUGACGUUCGUAUGCAUAUGUUCACGAUUUUCUUUUUUAUGUAUUUACUAUACUUGGCAUCACAUUUAAGGCUACUUAGCAUGCCAUCGAAAUUUUCAGAAGGUCGGCCAAAACCCCGAGGGUACGCAAGGAUAAAUUGACGAACUUGACUUUAUCAUAAUCUGCUUCCUGCUCAUUGAUUAGAUCACGGUACUUUUGACGCUUACGAUUGGCGUUAACUUGCAGAUUGGAUUCAUAACCGACUGUAAGCUCGAGGAUGUAUAGACAUCUGUUUUCAGUCACCAGCAGAAGGUCAGGUCGUAAACGAUCUCCCGUGAUAACAGAUGGAUUCAUAAAACCAGGAAUGUCCGCGUAAAGUGUGGAAUUUUUCACAGCAGUAAGAGUAGAUGCGAGGAAAUUUAAAACAGAAUCGUGUCGCCAUGUAAACGGGCCUUCGUCUAAAUAUGCCUUACAUCCAGCAAUCACAUGGAGCAGCGUUUCAGGUGAGGAGCAGAAAGAGCAAUCGGAUAUUGAUGAUAGUCCCCAUUUUGAUAGGUUCUUUCGUGUUGGAAGUGUGUUAUUGAUAUAUCGGAUGGUAAUAAUAAUAAUAAUAAAAAUUUGGAAAGGGGGCAAAAAGCAGCAAAAAAGUGAGGCUAUGGCCUUUACUUUUCGUCCAUUUUAAGCGAGUUUUUUUCAUUUUUCAUCAAGGGUUAAAAAACAGUUAAAAAGUAAGGCUAUACUACUUUUCGUCAAUUUUUUAGCGACUUUUUCCAAUUUUGAAAGAAGUGAAAACAGUAAAAGAUAAGGCUAUAGCCUUAACUUUUCGUUUAUUUUUAGCGACUUUUUCCAAUUUUGAAAGAGGCAAAAAGCAGUAAAAAGUUAAGGCUAUAGCCUUUUCGUCCAUUUUCAGCCACUUUUUCGAUUUUUGAAGGCUACAGCCUUAACUUUUCGUCGAUUUUUAGCGGGGUUUUUCUCCAUUUUUCAUAAAUGGGCAGAAAACAGCAAAAAAGUAAGGCUAUAGCCUUAACUUUUCGUCCAUUUUCAGCCACUUUUUCGAUUUUUGAAAAAGUGGCGAAAAACGGCAUAACUUCUCGUCCAUUUUUAGCGACUUUUUCCAUUUUUCAUAAAUGGGAAAAAACAGCAAAAAAGUAAGCUAAGCCUUUAUUUUUUGUCCUUUUUAACGACUUUUUCCAAUUAUGAAAAGGGGGCAAAAAGCAGCAAAAAAGUGAGGCGAUAGCCUUUACUUUUCGUCCAUUUUUAGCGACUUUUUUUCAUUUUUCAUCAAGUGUUAAAAAACAGUUAAAAAGUAAGGCUAUAACCUUAACUUUUGUCUAUUUUUAACGACUUUUUCCAUUUUUCAUAAAUGGGGGAAAAACAGCAAGAUAAUAGUUCGUUUUUUCGUGUACAGCUCUAUCACGAUUUCUUGUCACUUUUUGAAAAUAAUUAAGUGUCAAAAACUUUACUUUUCAUCAUUUUUACGUGCCAAAUAUGAAAGGCUCAGGUCUUUCAUUUUUGGCAACUUAAUUUUUGCUGCCGAAGGCAGCACUCCUAAUCUUGACAUGAAGGUUUCUCCAGAGUUCACUCGACCCAGUUUUUCGCGCCGAUCUAUGUAUUGUCGAGAUGUCGAUUUGUGUCUGUCCGUUAAGAUGUCGUAUUUCCGGGGGGGAACGGACGGGGGGAGUGCGAGAAAAAUAUCAAAUUGCGCGUGUACAUAUUUAUAUGGUUAUAGUAUAUGCAAACUUAUUCUGGAUUUCACUUGAUGCAAAAUAUACGAACAUUUCCAGAAGAAACCAG